AUGGCGAAUGUACUAAUUACUGGAGGAGGGCGUGGCCUUGGCCUUGGCAUUGUCCGUCAACUAGCAAACGAUUCAAGUAUUGCAAAGCUUUUCGUUACCACGAGAGGAAACCCGUCAACUGAACUAAGCAAAAUUAUUGAUGCUGCUGGGAAAAAAGUGAUCCACAUAUUGUGCGAAGUUGUCGAAACCGCAAGUGUUCGGCGUGCUGCAGCCGAAGUAGAAGAAAAGCUCGAAGGAGAAGGCCUCGACAUCUUAAUCAAUAAUAUCGCUACAGCGCCAACUACUCCUGCAGGAAUUCAUACCAUGGACGCGGAAGAGUUGAUACAAGUUUUUGAUGUCAACGUCGUCGCAGCCCAUAGAGUUACUGCUGCACUUAUUCCAUCCUUGAAACGAGGGAAACAAAAGAAGGUUAUCAUGGUUUCUUCGGCAGUCGGGUCAGUUGCGUGGGCGGACCGUUACAACUGGUCGCCGGCAUACGCGUAUAAAAUCACCAAAACUGCGAUGAGUAUGUUGACAGUUCAAUAUGCAAUGGAGUAUAAAAAAGAGGGAUUUACCUUCUUAGCCAUAAGCCCAGGGUGGUUGAAAACAGACAUGGGCUCUGAUAAGGCCGAUCUCGAUGUCGCAACAGGAGUUACAGCGGUAGUGAAUCUUUUCAAUAAGGCGGAUGCUAGCUACAACGGAAAGUUUUACAACAUACACGUCUCAGGCUGGGAGCAUAACGAAGGAGUAAACCAAUAUGAUGGCGCAGAGAUUCCAUGGUAA